AUCCCGCCUCCUUCCCCGCCCCCUGGUCCCUGCGCGGGGAGCUUGUGCCAGCCGGGAGCCUCCUCGCCGCGCAGCCGCCGCCUGACGCCCCCGCCCCGCCUAGAGGCGCCGCCGCUGCCGCUCCCCUCCCGCCCGCCGGUUGCCCGCGGCUCGGGGGGUAUUAAAGCGCCGGGCGCGUCCCCGCCGCCCCCCCUUCCCAGUGCCGCCGCCGCCGAGGAACAUGGCGAAAGUGGAGCAGGUCUUGAGCCUGGAACCGCAGCACGAGCUCAAAUUCAAAGGUCCUUUCACAGAUGUUGUCACCACAAACCUGAAACUUGGUAAUCCUACAGACAAAAAUGUGUGCUUCAAAGUAAAGACUACAGCACCACGCAGAUACUGUGUAAGGCCUAACAGUGGAAUUAUUGAUGCAGGAACAUCAAUUAAUGUUUCUGUGAUGCUACAACCUUUUGAUUACGACCCUAACGAGAAAAGUAAACACAAGUUUAUGGUACAGUCAAUGUUUGCUCCAGCUGAUACUUCAGAUAUGGAAGCAGUAUGGAAAGAAGCUAAACCAGAAGAACUCAUGGAUUCUAAACUUAGAUGUGUGUUUGAGCUACCAGCAGAAAAUGAUAAACCUGUGAGUAUUUUCAACUCCGUGCAUGAUGUAGAAAUAAAUAAAAUUAUAUCCACAACUGCAAAGACAGAAUCUUCUGUAAUGUCUAAAUCAAUAAGUUCUUCCUUGGAUGACACUGAAGUUAAGAAAAUAAUGGAAGACAAUAAGAGGCUUCAAGUAGAAGUUCAGAGGUUACGGGAGGAGAAUAAACAGUAUAAGGAUGAAGAUGGACUGCGGAUGAGGAAGGCUCCCCAGACGAACAACCCAAUAUCUGCAUCUGCAUCUGCUGCCAAGGAGGAAGGGCUCAGCACUAGACUACUUGCUCUGGUGGUUUUGUUCUUUAUUGUUGGUGUAAUUAUAGGAAAAAUUGUCUUGUAGAGACAGCAUGCUGAGGAUUGUAAAUUGGCUUGAUGGUUCUGCCAUAUCAUUGGAUUAAAUUUAUUCAUAACAAUGUUUUAAAAAAAUUAAUGUAUGACAUCUCACAGGUCUUGCCUUUAAAUUACCCCUGCACAAAUAUAACAUAAUGUAAUCCUCUAGAAAGUUUAAAAUGUACAAUAAGUGAAUGAAUGAUAAAGAAUGUUCUUUAUUAAGUGAUGAGAGAAAAAUCAUGAUUUAACACUACAGUGGCAUAUUGUAAAUGUCAUUUUAAACAUUCUUAGACCUUGGUACAUGUUGCUGGAUUAUUACCUCUUUUUUUAAAGAAAAACAAAGAAUUAUUCUUCCACUGCUGGAGCUGGCCCAUCUGGAUGUUUGGAGCUGGGUUAAGCAGGAGGGCUUGAUAACUUCUGUAAAAUAUGUUGAUCUACCAUUCUACUCAUCAGUUUAACAGAUUGUCAGUGUCUUCAACUCUGUGCAAAUUACCAAUUUAUUGGCACUUAAAUUAAUAGUGAGAAGCUGAAAAGAAUUGUAUGUGGCCACGCUGAAUGUGCUAAGCAUCAUUAAGAGGCAUAUAUUGACUGAUAUGAAACUCAUUUGGAAUAAAGGUCAAUGCCUUGUUCUCUUCAAGGGACCAAGCUACAUGGCUGUUGGUUCAUUUAGAUAAAUUGAAAUGUUAUUCAGAGAUGUUUAAUGCAUAUUUAACUUAUUUAAACGUAUUUCAUCUCAUGUUUCCUUAUUGUCACAAAUUGACUAAUACUAUGAUAUAAAAAGGCACCUGUUCUAAAACCAGUGGAUAGAACUAACAACUGCUGUAGUGAUGCAAAAUUCUUCUGCCUCCUGAUGUUUUGGGCACUAUGUAAUUGUUAAAGUUUUGAUCACUUAAACAUUGGGAAACAGCAGUCAGGAAACUGUUUUUGUAUGUAAAUAAAUGAGUCUAUCUAGCAAAAAAAUUAGUAGUAAACUAGUUCUAUGCGGUAAAAAGACAAAUCUUGUUUGACUAUGUAGCAUCUUAAAAAAAUUAAAUAAAGCCCAGAGAUUAAAGUUC